GAGGCCGCGGCAGUCGCGAGCGAGCAUCCCUAGCGCUUGCUUGCCGGAGCUGCGUCUGCAGUAGCCUGGCCGCUGACGCUGCGUGCCGGCCGGCAGGGCAGCCUGGGACCUCGCUGGCGCCGCGCCCGCUGCUAGCCGUCGGCUCCCCACCUGGUUCGCACCGCGUCCCAGCCCGGGUCUCCCGCCUAGUGCGCGCCAUGGGGCCGCCGCCCGGGAUCGGGGUCUACUGCCGCGGCGGCUGCGGAGCUGCCCGGCUCCUGGCUUGGUGCUUCCUUCUGGCUCUGAGUCCGCACGCGCCCGGUUCCCGGGGAGCCGAAGCCGUGUGGACCGCGUACCUCAACGUGUCCUGGCGGGUUCCGCACACCGGAGUGAACCGCACGGUGUGGGAGCUGAGCGAGGAGGGCGUGUAUGGCCAGGACUCGCCGCUGGAGCCCGUCUCCGGGGUCCUGGUACCGCCCGACGGGCCCGGGGCGCUCAACGCCUGUAACCCGCACACCAAUUUCACGGUGCCCACGGUUUGGGGGAGCACUGUGCAAGUCUCUUGGUUGGCCCUCAUCCAACGCGGCGGAGGCUGCACCUUCGCGGACAAGAUCCAUCUGGCUUAUGAGANNNGGUCUUCUUAUAGAAUUAUUUUUAAAUUCACUGGAAAACAGAAUAUGAUAGUUUAUAUGUCACAUCCAGGUGCAGGAGACAUUGUUGCAAUCAUGAUUGGCAAUCUGAAAGGAACAAAAAUUCUACAGUCUAUUCAAAAAGGCAUACAAGUAACAAUGGUCAUCGAAGUAGGGAAAAAACAUGGCCCUUGGGUGAAUCAUUAUUCAAUUUUCUUCGUCUCCGUGUCCUUUUUUAUUAUUACGGCAGCAACUGUGGGCUAUUUUAUCUUUUAUUCUGCUCGAAGAUUGCGGAAUGCAAGAGCUCAAAGCAGGAAGCAGAGACAGUUAAAGGCAGAUGCUAAAAAAGCUAUUGGACGGCUUCAGCUGCGCACCUUGAAACAAGGAGACAAGGAAAUUGGUCCUGAUGGAGAUAGCUGUGCUGUGUGCAUUGAGCUCUAUAAGCCAAAUGAUUUGGUACGCAUCCUAACCUGCAAUCAUAUUUUCCAUAAGACAUGUGUGGACCCGUGGCUGUUAGAGCACAGGACUUGCCCCAUGUGCAAGUGUGACAUUCUCAAAGCUCUGGGAAUUGAGGUGGAUGUUGAAGAUGGAUCAGUGUCUUUACAAGUUCCUGUUUCUAAUGAAGCAUCUAAUACUGCCUCUCCCCAUGAAGAGGACAAUCGCAGUGAAACUGCAUCAUCUGGAUAUGCUUCAGUACAGGGAGCAGAUGAGCCGCCUCUGGAGGAACACGCACAAUCAGCAAAUGAAAAUCUCCAGCUGGUAAACCAUGAGGCAAAUUCUGUGGCUGUGGAUGUUGUUCCCCAUGUUGACAACCCAACCUUUGAAGAAGAUGAAACUCCUGAGCAAGAGACGGCUGUUCGAGAAAUCAAAUCUUAAAAAUCUGUGUCAAUAGAAAACUUGAACCGUUAAUAACAACAAGACUGCCAAUCAGGGCCUAGUUUACUAUGAAUGAACUGGGUAAAGCUUAAAACAAAAAAUGAUACUGAAAGUGCUGAGAUGACUUAUAUUAUACUAUAGUUAAAUGGCUUAACAUAUUUAACCCAGUACCAUUUCCCACAAACUCACUAUAACGUUUUUCAUAGGCAAGUUUCCUCUUGGUGAUAGUGAUAGCAACAUUUUUAAAGAUUCCGAACCGUCUGCAAGUAGCCAGGUUUUUUCAUUUACAACAACUUUGUUAUAAAAAAAAAUACAUUGCUUUAAAAAUGUGGAGUAGCUGUAAUCACUUUGUUUUAUGAUAGUGUCAUAAUUAAACCAUACUACUACUGUAGCUUGGGCUCUAUGUGUCAGGGUUUGUCUCCAGGUGCUUAUAUUGAUCUGGAAUUUGUAAAAAAUAAAAAUUAAAAAAAAAAAGCAAUGCGAACUUAGGCGUUCAGUUGAUAGUACAAGAUUAAAGCAAAAUACUCAUUUAACUCUUUCAUUUUAAGACUAAGCUGUGUAUGUAUUUCAUGUGAGUGUUGAGUAUAGUUUUGUCAGAAAAAUAUGAACUGAAUUGGUUGAUCAGUGUAUUAGUGACACCACACAAGAUUAUAGACAUAAAAAUUUUCUUACAAAAAUAUUGUAAACUAUUUCUCAAACUUGACAUUUUCAAGAGCACAGGAUAGAAACUACCAUCAGAUUUGAAAAUAGUAAUAGCUGAAUAAAUUAUAGAAAAUUGGUAACUGGUUACUGUGUAGAAUUCAGCUAUAGAAAAUAUUCUGUAAAAUUUGUCUGUGGAAAAUAGUUUCCAAACAAUGUUGACUUUGAAAAUUGAGUUUACAUUUGGCCUUGUGGUCUCUAAUUACAUUAAAUUUAAAUUCUAUCCAUAUAUCUAAAAUUUUGUGAAUACAUUUUGUUGGUGUUUGAAAAAGAAUCAAGGGAAGGGGGGAUUCCAGGUGCCUUAAUAUAAAGUUUGAAGCUUCAACCACCAAAGUUAAAUAGAGCUAUUGAGAACAUGCACUUUAUUUCUACUUUGUGUGGCUUGUCCAUUAGUUUUGUUCCCAGUGAAAAUUCCCGAGGAAUUUAGACAAAAAUAGAACAGACGUGUAUUUUUGUUUGCUGAAUAUAUAAUGGAUGAAACCAUUGCAUUCUUGUACACCGAUUUGAAAAUGCUGUAAAUAUGCCCCGAUUUGUACUGAUUCUCUUUAAAUAUAAAAUGUAAAUAAAAUAUUCCAAUGAAA